AUGAAGCUGGCAUGUUGCUGUGGCAGUGCUGCAUGCAGUCUUUGUUGUGCUGCCUGUCCAUCGUGUAAAAAUUCCACGGCCUCUAGGAUUGCCUACUCUCUUUUGUUGAUUGCGGGGACUGUCAUUGCCAGUCUCUUCCUUAUUCCUGGGCUAGAGACGGAGUUAGAAAAGAUUCCAGCGCUUUGUAAAGAUUACAAAGUUCAAGGUAUAACGGUGAUUGACAGCGAUGGUCGGAACUGUAACGACGUGGUGGGGUACCUCUCUGUGUACAGGAUCUGCUUCGCUAUGGCUGGCUUUUUUAUCCUGUUCUGCCUUAUAAUGAUCAACGUGAAGUCUUCUAAAGACCCAAGAUCUGGCAUCCAAAAUGGUUUUUGGGCCUUUAAGAUUCUUAUUCUAAUUGCUAUCUGUGUUGGAGCCUUCUUCAUUCCAAGAGGAGACUUUGGUAUUGCCUGGAUGUACAUUGGUUUGAUUGGAGCGUUCCUCUUCAUCAUCAUCCAGCUGAUUCUCUUGAUUGACUUCGCGCAUGGCUGGGCCGAGAGCUGGGUGGAGAAAUAUGAAGAAACAGAAGCUAAAUGCUAUUAUUUUGGCUUGCUGUUCUUCACGUUUCUGUUUUAUACCCUGGCUAUUGUGGCAGUUGUCCUGUUUUAUGUUUACUAUGGCAGUGCUGAGAGCUGUGGGUUACAUAAGUUCUUCAUCAGUUUUAAUCUGAUCCUGGCUGUAGCCAUUUCUGUCAUAGCCAUUUUACCCAAAAUCCAGGAUGUGAACCCUCGUUCUGGCCUGCUGCAGUCCUCCAUUAUUACUUUGUACAUAAUGUACCUCACCUGGUCUGCUAUGUCCAACAAUCCAGACACAACUUGCAACCCCAACCUGAGUUUUACAAAUGGCACUCUCACAGCUUCUGACAGUGGGGACUAUGUAAAGAAUAGCUUUGACUACCAGAGUCUUCUUGGUCUAUUGAUGUGGAUUCUGGCUGUACUUUACUCGAGCAUCCGCACCUCCAGCAACAGUCAAGUCGGAAAGUUAACGAUGUCGGAAAGAACCGUUCUUCAGGCUGAUUCAGGUGAUGCUCAACUUAUUGAUGGUGCAUCUGACUCUGGGGACGAGGAGAAGGGGAAACAACAUGUGUGGGACAAUGAAGAAGACGGUGUGGCUUAUAGCUACUCUUUCUUCCACUUCAUGCUGGCUCUGGCUUCCCUCUAUGUGAUGAUGACCCUUACCAACUGGUACAGCCCAAGUUCAGACUUCAAGACACUGAAUGCCAACAUGCCAUCAGUGUGGGUGAAGAUUGUGUCGUCCUGGGUGUGUGUGGUCCUGUAUCUCUGGACCCUGAUUGCUCCAAUGGUAUUGAGGAACAGAGAAUUCAGUUAAAUUGACAUCAGAAUCUUCUGAGAACAAAUGGUCUUCACCAUUCUAUAAAUAUAAAUGGACACUUGUUUUCAUUUUGUUGUGUGUCAGCACAUAUUUUUUUCUUGUUUAAAGAUUAACUUGAAGAAACUUAUCUUCAUAUUAUAAGAACAAUAUAAAUGAUAAGAUUUUCAUGUGUUAUAAUUUAUCUUGUCUACAUGAGUAGAGUUUAGCAUAACUCGAGAACUUAUGAUAAGGAGUUAUGCUGUGAAAUGUGAAUGAUUCAUUGUAAAAAUCCUCAUGUGACUCGUUACUCACUUAGCAAAGAUUAUCUUUGUUUUAUUUUCCGAUUAAUGACUGCACGAUUUAUCAUCUGUAGUAUUAGAUCACAAAUAUCCCAUCUUUACAGUUCUUAUAUUUAAAUCUCUAUUUUCUUAAAGCAGUUUCUGAUGUUCAAUUAUUCUUUUAACCCUGAGGUUUUAUUCAAAUAAUUACUUGGUCUUAUUUACAUUGGAAUUUUUCAUUAUGAUGCGUUAUUUUGUUCAAAGGCCUAAGAACACUAUAUGUCAUUAAAUGUUGUAAUUGCUUCUGUUUAAUAAAUCUGUGAUACUUUAUCUUCAUUAAAUUCAGCUACAUUUU